UCAGUUCUGUUCAUCAUGUCAAAGCAACAGUAUUUCAACAUUGAGCAAGAUGCAGAUGACAUUUUAGAGAUGCUGCUGAAUGGAGAGGUGUCAGAUAUCGAUUUAUCAUCAGAUGAAGAAUCAUUUCCUGAUGAUGUAGAACCCUACUGUACUUCAAGAGAGAAGGAAGUGAGAGUGGGGGCUGACAAAAUAAACAGGGGAGAAACCAAUGAUGAGUCAACUGCAAAUAAUAAAAGUGGUACACUCUUGGUAUCCCAAAAGAUGUCGCAGUCUCACUGUCAUUCUCACAACAUUGUGACGCCCUCAGUGUAUCAGACGCUGGAUGAACUGGAUUUUGAAAGAGGACUAUGGUCUCCAGCCCAGAAUGGUGAAAUGUCUCGUGUAAAGAACCUCUUAGAGCGCGGUGUCCAUGUUGAUAGCAGAGACUCUGCUGGCUACACUGCACUACAUUAUGCUGCACGGGCUGGACAUGCUGCCAUAUGCCAACAACUUAUUGCAGCUGGAGCUUUGUUGGACGCAAAGACACGUGCUGGAGGAGCUACACCUCUACACAGAGCAGCAGCAUCUGGUAAACUACAUAUUGUCCAACUGUUAUUGGAAGCUGGGGCAAAUAGUGCAGUCACUGAUGCAGAUGGGAGAACAGCUUUACACCGUGCUGCAGAGGAAGGACAUUCUGAUGUUGCAGAAUUGCUGUUAAUGAAUAAUAUACAGUUAAACAACAUGAAAGAUAUUAAAGGGCGCCUAGCAGUUGAAUGUGUUAAGGAUCAGACCAUGCUUUCUGUUUUUUUAUAAAAGAAACGAUAAAAAUAGCAGCAAUAUUCUCUUUAGCAGAAUACAUUAAAACACUAUUUACUGUGUGUCUUUUCAAGUACUGAAAUGAAAUAAUUUGUGGCUUGUGACAACUCCUGGAAAAUUGAACUGUUGAAAGAACUGAUUGUAAUUUGAAAUUUCAAGUUAGUACCACUAAAACACUUCCUUUUUAAUCAAUUAAUAGAAGCAGUUGCAACUAGAGAUGCAAAGUAUGGAUUCGUGAUAGAAAAGCUUCAGUUUCAUAUUGUACCACCAUUGUUUUACAUAUGCAGCUUCACUGUUUCGCUUGUACCCCUUUUCAGCCUUGAUAUGAAUGUUAUUUUUGUUGCUUUCUUUUCCACUAUUUCUCUAGUUUGGCUAUCUUCCUCUGCCAUAUAAGUUUUAAAAUUUUUGAUAGUCUUAAUCAUACUUUUCUCGCAUAUUUACAUGUAAUAUGCAGUGGUAAAAUAGUUGCUUUGACACUUGUAAUUUUCAUAGUAUAAAAAAUGUGUAAAGUGAAAGUUUUUGGAUGAAACUAUUACAAUUACGUUGACAGAAAUUACAAAUCUUCAGUAUGUGUCGUAUAAACGGAUAUCUUUAAAACAACUUCAUUUCUUCGCCAGCUUUUGCUUUAAUUAUGUGCUAAUUCUGGUCUGCCUUUUUGCUUACUAUUUUGAUUACAUAAAACCUGAGUUGGUUUGUGGGGCUUGGAAAAUGAACCUCCUGAUUCCAUCUGGAUUACCAUCUGUUUAUUGUUUCCAUAAUAAAAACUGCUGCAUCCUAGUCUCAUAACACUAGUGCACUUCUGACAUAAAAAUCCACCACAUCCUUUUAAAAAAAUAUUUAAUGUUUGAGCAUAAUGGUUGACAUUCUGUUUUGAACUAUUUAUAGUAUCAAGAUAUUACACAGUGAUUACAUAUGUAGGCACUUUCUAUUCGUGAAGAUCACAUUUACCAAAGAGAUUCAUGCAAAAGUAACUGAAUCUUGGCUAUACAAGUAGUUAAACAAAUGUAAGCCAUAAAUUGAAAUUGAAAAUUAUUCUGUUCAGUUUUAAGACACUGGCACAGAUUUAAGCCAUACACUGAAAUUAAAAGUAAUUCUAUUCAGCUGUAGGGCACUGUCAAAUUCAGCUACAGUAUUACAAAUUAGUAAUGUUGAAGGCUGAAUAGCACAACGACAUUACUUUUAGAAGUGGACAGUGCCAAAACGAGUGCUUGAUGUUAAAACCAGAGAAUUUGGUGUUCACUUCAUUAAAUGCGAAAAUGUUACCAGAUCAAAAUUUGGUUGUUGUUCAGUACAUUGGGCAUUUGGUAAGUUUUGUGGCUUAAUAGCAGAGAACACUGCUGUUAAAGAGCUCUGCUGAGUAGGUUUUAGUGGUAAUUGCCUCAGUGUUAUUCCUUGUAGAAAAAUCAGUUUCCUGUUUUCUCCUUGUUCUUGCAAGAUGAUGUAUCUUUAGCAUCAGUUCCACAAAGGCUGUGUACAUUGGAAGGAUUCAGUUAACACACCAGAAUGAUUUUUUCCUGACAGGUGCUCACAGCUUUUUUGUGUUGGUAAAAUGAUUUGUGAAGUGAGUUCAUAGUGCAACUUGCUGAGUGUUGUGUUGCAUUUAUCACUCCUCCUAAUGGUCCCAUUGCUUAUAUUAUUAUUAUUAUUAUUAUUAUUAUUAUUUCCUAUUUGAAAAAUGUGCAAGCCAUUUAAUUGCUAAAGGAAAAUCAGAUCUUGAAAUAAUUAAGUACCAUAUAUGCAAAUGCAAUUAAAUAGUAUGAGGUUUUGCUUGUGGACCAAAAUGCAAUGCUGUGACUAUUCUUAGAUGGUUUUUUAUUAUUAUUUGACAGUAUUUUAUUUUUGGAGUCAUGCAAUACUGUAUAAAUUUUUUAUUUAAGUUGAUACUAUAUUAGCAUCGCUAAAAUUAAUUUCAUUAGUAAUGAAUUUAGUAUGUUAGUCUCAGUUAGCUUCAGUGGAUUGUGAUUUUUUUUUUUUUUUUUUUUUUGUUCCUAAUCAAACAUUUAUUUCCUAAGUUAAAAAUUAUAAAUUAUUAUUGGUUAGUUGUAUAUGAUAGAGUUUCUUGUGGUACUACUGAAGCACAUUGUAAAUCACAAACAGAGCUGUUCAGUUUUCAACAGGUUGACAAUACUUAACUGUGCUGAUGAGUUGUUAACACUGAUUAUUUAUGUUUAAAGUAUAAUGCACUGUAAUGUCGUUACUGAAAUAAAUAUUUCUUUUGUUUCAUGUGUUAAUAUGUAGGAAGAUCUGGGUAGAAACAUUAAUAAAGUAAAUGAAUAGCUAAUAUCUCUGCUUGGUGCAAAAAAUUAAAUGUGCUGUUUUUACUACAGAUACCUUACUUUCCUGUGGAGAGACUUCUAAUCUGUUAGGUUUUUGUUCUUGUGACUUAUCCCCUAUCAUAUGCUUAUGAGAAGAGCUCUGAGUAGUAGUAGUAGUAGUAGUAGUAGUAGUAGUAGUAGUAAAUACCAUUAAGCAAGAAUCUUAAUUUAUUUGUCGCAGUGACCACAAAUAAGAUUACUUUUAAAGCUAAACUAAAUAUUAGAAGGCAAACUGCUGAUGUGUUAAUUUGUGUACAUUUGUCCUACUCUGAGAGAAAUUAGAGUUUGAAGAUCUAGUUAAUAUUUCUUCUGUUAUUGUUAAUAUUCCAUUCUAAUUCAAAUUAUGGUGUAAGUUAUAGUACAGGAAUUCUCCAAAAGCAAUACAAUUACUUUUCUGCACUAUUCCUAUUGAUAAUGUUACAGUGUGUCAACAUAUGUGCUGUUAGUCAUUUUCAUUAGUAUUUAUUUGUGAAAUAAAAUAUCUGAGGCUCUAAAUUU